GACGAGGCCGCGCGAGCGUGUCCUCUUGCUUCAGGUGGCUUCAGUGUCGUCAGUGCCACAUUUCUUCCCCUCCCCAUCACAAACACCCAUCUGCCCACCAUGUCUGUAAUGGAAUUGAACGGUGGCUCUGUCGUGGCCAUGAUUGGCAAAGACUGUGUCGCUAUCGCCUCCGACUUGCGGCUCGGAAAUCAACAGGUCGGUAUCGCCUCCAACUUUGACAAAGUGUCUCCCGUAAACGACAAGCUCUACUACGGCAUCCCCGGUCUUGCGUCCGAUGUCUACACGUUACGCGAACACAUGCGCUUCCGAGUCAACAUGUACCGAAUGAAGGAGGAGAGAGAAAUAACACCCAAAACCUUCACCCACCUCCUUUCCAGCACCUUGUACGAGAAACGCUUUGGACCAUUCUUUAUCGAGCCGGUUGUCGCCGGUCUGCCCUCACCUACUCCUCUGGAGCCUAACCCCAAGCCUUACAUUUCUACCAUGGACACCAUCGGUUGUAUCACUACACCAAAGGACUUUGCUGUUGCGGGGACCGCUGCCGACAAGCUGUAUGGUAUUGCUGAAGGUCUUUGGGAGCCUGAUCUCGAGCCGGAGGACUUGUUUGAGACCAUCUCUCAGACGUUGUUGAGCUCUGUAGACCGAGACGCGCUCAGUGGUUGGGGAGCGGUGGUCAACAUCAUGUGAGUGCAGACGUUAUCCGGCGUGGGCUACACUGAGAUUAUGUCUGUAGAACACAUGAUCAGGUUAUUACUCGUACUCUCAGGGCUAGGAUGGACUGAUGUGGGAAAGAAGACGGUUGGAUGGCAAAGGUUCAGCCUACAUGUAUAACGUCCAAACUACCUUGUAUAUUGCGUCGAAAUUUAACGCAGCAUGGACAUCAUCCUAUGGUUGAACAAUGACCCGCUAUCUAGAAGACAGGAUACAAGACGGUCAUGUCAAUGUGGCGGCUGGCGGCGGAUAGACAGAGCGGCGGUCGCCGCGAGUUCCUGA